AUGGAACGGCUCGACCGACCACUGCACCUGGCCCUACCUGACCUGGGACGCGUCACCAGCCUCUCCCUCGCCAACACCGGCGUCGCCGGCCCGUUUCCCGACGCCAUCGGCGGCCUCUCCCGCCUCACGAGCCUCAACAUCUCCAACAACGACAUCACCGGCGCCUUCCCGACCAGCGUGUACCGAUGCGCUUCGCUCCGGCACCUCGAUUUGUCCGAUAAUCACCUCCACGGCGAGCUCCCCGCGGACAUCGGCAACGGCAUGCCGCUGCUGCAGGCAAUGAACUUGUCCGGUAACACGCUCUCUGGCGAGAUCCCAAGGAGCGUAGCCACGCUCAGAUACCUGACGCAGCUGGACCUGAGCAGGAAUCAGCUCGCCGGCGAGAUACCGGCUGAAUUGGGCGCCAUGCGGGUGCUCGACGCACUUGACCUGUCGUCAAACAAGCUAUCCGGCGACAUACCGCCGCCGCUUGCCGGGCUACAGCUCAGCUCGCUCAACCUGUCAUCCAACCAGCUCGAAGGCCAGGUACCGGCAGGGCUCGCCACCGCCGCUUACGAUCGGAGCUUCCUCGGCAACCCCGGCCUCUGCCAUGCCGAUCUGGGGCCAGGCUACCUCACCGGCGUGCGCACCUGUGCCGCGGGAUCACAAGCCACCUCCUCCUCCGGGGGCAUGUGGCCGGCGCUCCGCACUGGCCUCCUGUUCAUUGGCGGCAUGCUCGUUGUCCUCAUCGUGGCCUUCGCCCGCGACAUCAGGAAAAGGAAACGCGCCGCACAGGACGGUGCCCGGAGAGUAUUUUAA